UUACACAAACAUUGAGGCGGUUGGAUUGAACUUUAAUUGUAUACAAAUUAAAGACAAUAAAAUACACUAUUAUCACCAACUAAGACCGUUUAUGAUAAAUCACUUUAGUCAGUAUGGUGCAAAAUGAUGACUCUUGGUCGUCAGAUGACACCAUAAGAGUUUUAAUAGCUUCAGAUAUACAUUUAGGUUAUCUUGAAAAUGAUGCUGUACGUGGAGAAGACAGCUUUGUCGCCUUUGAAGAAACCCUUUCUCUUGCCGUACAAUAUGAUGUAGAUUUAAUUUUGCUUGGAGGAGAUCUUUUCGACCAUGCAAAGCCAUCACCUAGUUGUAUGUUCAAAUGUACACAGAUUAUUCGCAAGUAUUGUUUUGGAGACAAACCUAUUAAUAUCGAAGUGUUAUCGGAUCAACUAGAUAAUUUCUCAAGAAUUGUUAACUAUGAAGAUCCAAAUCUAAAUGUUUCAUACCCCAUUCUUUCAAUUCAUGGGAAUCAUGACGAUCCAGUUGGACAUGGCAAUGUCAGUUCUCUAGACAUUUUAUCUAUUACUGGUCUUGUUAAUUAUUUUGGAAAGUGGACUGACUAUACUCAAGUCCGUAUUUCACCUGUACUUUUACAGAAGGGUGAAACUAAAUUAUCAUUGUAUGGUUUGAGUCACUUAAAAGAUCAGAGACUUGCUAGGCUAUUUGCAGAAAAGAAAGUGACAUUUGAACUCAUAGAAGAUGGUAAUGAUUGGUUUAAUAUCUUGGUGUUACAUCAAAAUAGGGCAGAUCGGGGACCCAGCAAUUAUAUUUCGGAAAAUGUCUUACCUACUUUUUUGGAUCUUGUUGUAUGGGGGCAUGAGCAUGACAGUCAAGUAUUUGCUACAAAAGAUGUAAAAAGGGAAAAUGAAAGUUUCUUUGUUAUCCAACCAGGAAGCACUGUGGCUACAUCAUUGGCAGCUGGGGAAGCCCUACCCAAGCAUUGUGUAUUGUUGCAGUUACAUAAGAAAGAAUAUAUAUUAACACCUCUUCCACUAAAAACUGUACGCCCAUUCAUAUUUAAGACAAUAGUUCUCUCUGAAGAGAAUCUUGGAGACGAGGGUGUGAACGAAAAUGAAAAAGUACAAAUUUUUUUAAAGGAUAAGGUUCAUGAGGCAAUAACUGAAGCUGAAGCAAUUCGAAGUGGUGACCCAAAACAACCUGCUUUACCCCUUAUUAGACUUAGCGUGUUUUAUGAACAUGAUGGCCAAGAUUUUAAUCGUGUUCGAUUUGGUCAAAAUUUCAAUGGCCUUGUUGCAAAUCCAAAUGAUGUUCUUAUUAUGAAAAGAGAGAAAAAAAUUCGUGAAAGAAAAGAGUUCGACCCAAAUAACACAGAAGAUGUUGAUUUAGGUGGGGUGGCUGCUGAAGCGACUGAUGUAGAAUCCUUACUUCGUUCUUACUUCGAGGCGCAACCGCAAGACCGUCGGCUCGCAGUACUAUCGGUACGAGCUGUAACCGAAGCGGUGAGAGACUUCACGUUAAAACGCGACGACGACAUUUUUCGUCGCGUUUUAGAUGCUCAUCGUAAACACUGCGUCGAUUUCUUACUCGAAUCGAAUGCAGAAACUCCAGAGGAAGUGAGUGAUAAAAUGAAACAGUGUAAGGAGUCACUAGACGCGGCCGAUGCCGAUCUACUCAAAGCUCUUAUAUCAACAGCUUCCAAGAAAGCGGAAGUCGCCACCAAGCAGUCCGCAUUAGCCAAACACGAGUCGAUCGUGGUAUCGAGCGACGAAGAAGCGCCACCGGGGCGAGGGCGGGGAAGAGGCGCGCGUGGUGGUCGCGGACGUGGCCGCGGCCGCGGUCAAACGCGUGUGGCCUCCCCACCUACGCCAGCGCCGGUGCAGGAACGACGCACGCCGAGAAGGGCAGCAGCGCAGAAAUCUUCCUCAAAGUUGCAAAGCCUUAUAUCCGAGCGAUCCUUUCGACGUCGGAGGGAAUCAUCGGACAUUGAAAUUUCAGAUUGAAUAAACAAUAAUAUUGAAAUAGCUACUGUCCAUUUUUCAAUUUUUGAGCAUUGUACAGUAAUAUUGUUUAUACAUGUUAGUUGUGGUAAGAAUAUACUGUCCCUUUUCAAUUUAUAACAUAUUUUUUAAACCAUGAUAGUUCAUUUUAACAUUUAGUUAAGUGAAUUAGUAAAAAUAGGAUUGUAUUAUUUGAAAACUUGAUAAAUUAGUUUUUUGGCCUUAUGGAUCUUAUUAGAUUUCACACAUAACUAAUUAAUUUACCUUACCUUAUAUAUACAUCUUUCAUAAAAAAAUAAAUAUGAAAAAAGCAAUAAUUUCAGCUCUAUUUGUUAAAUUAUUUACCUUCAAAUAAAUCGCUUAGUAAUUUUAAAAAUGUUACACGAUUUUUUUUUGGCAUUCCAUAUUAUGUACUUACGAUGGUAAGUAAUAAUGAGAUCAUUAUGGACCAAAACACUACAUGCCCACAGAACUAACUGGGUCUUAUGUUAUUUUAAGAAUUUUAUAUUAUUUUA